CCUCAGGAGCUCCUCAAUGGCACGCCUGGAACACAAACCCACAACAACCCAGUGAGUCAAAUGACAAGGGGGAUGGAGGGGGGAAUUUGUGCAGCAUAUGGCCAUAUGCUAUGAGGUUAUGCAGUCACAAGAGUGUGACCUGUAGUGCCAUAAAGCAGUUUGGCUCUUGGAGGUGGUUGGAACCAGACAGAACUGAGGGGCAGUAUAAUGGCGUAAGGCGCUUUUGAAACUGAUUCUCCUGAAGUGGAAACCGUACGCCCCGCCUCCUCUAGUUGACUGACGGCGGUAGGCGUGACCAGUCCACCAAAGGCACGGGGGCGUUUUCGUGCGGGUUCGCAGGACUGUCCUUUGCGGUGAAAGCCUCAUUGAGGUCCGCUAAAAAUCACCCCCUCCCACCCCUUGUGGGGCCGGAAUGCACGGCGCGGAGGAGCAUCCGGAUUAGGGUGAUGCGCCAUCAGCUGGCGGGGGGCAUCUGUCCUCGCUGCAACCUGUUCCUCCCGUGACGCUUAUGGGAUAGGAGCGCUCCCUUCCCAGCGCCACGGCCCUGCCGGAGUCCUUUGUGCCAAAGCUGCCUCGUGUGGACGCGGCCGGGAUGGGCAGCCCGGGCUGCGAGGUGGCUCUCGCCGGGCCCGCCGAGCCCGUCCUGGAGGCUCUGUGCUCCGAGUGCGGCCAGGUGCACCGCGGCUGGGAGAACCACCUGUACAACUACCGCCUGGAAGUGGACGACGACCUGGUGUGCCACAUCUGCCUGCAGCCGCUGGUGCAGCCGCUGGACACGCCGUGCGGCCACACCUUCUGCGCUCGCUGCCUGCGCAGCUUCCUGCAGGAGCGGGACUUCUGUCCGCUGGACAGGACGCGGCUGCAGCUGGCGGCGUGUCGCAGGUCCAGCAUACUGGUGCACAAGCUGCUGGAUAAGCUGUCCGUCACGUGCCCCCUGACCCCGGUCUGCUCGCUCAGCAUGCCGAGAUGCGACCUGGAGGCGCACCUCAAGCACAGGUGUCCAGGGACACACUGUCAGCAGACCAGUGUUGAUGGUCCACGCAAGGACAGUGGGGACGAGCGAUCCACGGUGAAAAGCCCUCCACGAUCCCCCCGCUCACCGCAGACGGACCUCGGGGAUGGCACCUCUUCGCCACCUCCUCCUGGUCCUAAUACCGGCAACGCACCCAUGAGGACAGAGGACGUGGGACUGGACAACCCCGCCUUUGAGGAGAGCACCGAGGAAGACAGUGUGGUCGGGAUGGAGUGCAUCGUCCCCAGGGUGAAGCGUCCUCUCAGCAAUCCAUGCAUCCACCUCCUACGCUCCGUUAGCUCCACCUCUUCUGGCUGGGACUGCCCCGAGUCUCCGCCUCUUUCCGCAGAAGAGGGCUGCGUCAAGCUGCCGUCGCUUCCUGAAGGCGAGAUAACGGCGGUGGAGGUCCACCGAGCCAACCCGUACGUGGAGUUGGGCAUCAGCAUCGUGGGCGGAAACGAGACGCCGCUUAUCAACAUCGUCAUCCAGGAAGUGUACCGGGAUGGCGUGAUCGCACGGGAUGGGCGGCUGCUUGCGGGGGACCAAAUACUCCAGGUGAACAACGUGGACAUCAGUAACGUCCCCCACAGCUUCGCUCGCUCCACCCUGGCACGCCCCUGCACCACCUUGCAGCUGACCGUGCUCCGAGAGCGCCGCUGUGCGUCCCGCGCCCCGCCCUCCACCUCCGCCUCCACGCCGGCGGUCCCCCACGCCCCCUGCUCCACCCCCGAGGGCAACCCCCCCAGUCCCGUGUCCCUGAGAAUCACCCUGCAUAAGCGGGACUCCACGGAGCAGCUGGGAAUUAAGCUCGUGCGGCGGACGGACGAGUCCGGAGUGUUUGUGUUGGACCUGCUGGACGGCGGCCUGGCGGCUAAAGACGGCCGCCUGCGCAGCAACGACCGCGUGAUGGCCGUCAACGACCAGGACCUCCGCCACGGCACGCCGGAGCAGGCUGCACAGAUCAUACAGGCAAGUGGCGAGCGAGUCCACCUGCUGAUUGGCCGACCCAACAAACCGACUCCGCCCCCGCCGCCAAAAUCAAGCUCUACCAGAGAUCUCUACUGCCUUGAUCACUUCCUGCCUAACCACAGCACCACUCCGAGUCCUGUACCCGUGCACCUCUCACGCACCAGCACCCACAGGGACCUGUCCCAGUGUGUCACCUGCAAGGAGAAGCACAUCACUGUGAAGAAGGAACCUCACGAGUCUCUGGGCAUGACGGUGGCAGGGGGGCGGGGCAGCAAAAGCGGCGAGCUGCCCAUCUUCGUCACCAGCGUCCAACCGCACGGCUGCUUGUCCAGGGACGGCCGAAUCAAACGAGGCGACGUCCUGCUGAGCAUCAACACGCAGGACUUGACCUACCUGAGCCACGGCGAGGCGGUGGGCACGCUCAAGGCCAGCGCCGCCUCACCCUCGGUGCAGCUGAGGGUGCUGGAGGUCAGCAUGGUGGAGGAGCGCGAGCGUGACCAGCUGCUGCCGCAUGCGCACGACUGCGACUUUGACGCCAACUGGUCGCCUUCGUGGGUCAUGUGGCUCGGCCUGCCCAGCUACCUGCACAGCAGUCACGAGAUCGUCCUGCGGAGAAGCCACCCCGGCAGCUGGGGGUUCAGCAUCGUGGGGGGGUACGAGGAAAGCCACGGCAACCAGGCCUUCUUCAUCAAGACCAUCGUCCUCGGCACGCCAGCGUACUACGACGGGCGCCUCAAGUGUGGCGACAUGAUCGUGGCGGUCAACGGCCUGUCGACAGCAGGAAUGAGCCACACGGCGCUGGUCCCCAUGCUGAAGGAGCAGCGCAGCCGGGUGGCGCUCACGGUGGUCUCCUGGCCCGGCAGCCUGGUAUAGCCCACGUUCCAGGGAUCUGAUCCGCAUUUCCCGUCCAUCGCUCCACACCAGGACCAAAAAGCAUGGAGGGCGGGCCCGGUCGGACCCAGCUGGCCGUGCAGAUUGCGCCAUGCCUCUCGACAGAUCGCACGCCAGCACGCCGCUGUGCUCAUAUGGCCGUGUGUUGGCUCCAGCAGGGACACACAGAGAUGGACCGUUAGGUGAUAUGUGCCGUGUUCGACUCCCCCCCCAUGCAGUUUUAGAGUCCAGGGUUCUAUUCAGGUGGAUGCACCCUUCAAAGUGGACCUUUCAUGACUUCUGGAUCCAGCUGAAUGAGCCUGAGGCCUUAUAUUAGUAACCUGCCACAACCUGAGGGGCCCCCCUGCCCUCAGCCCCACUUCCUCCCAUCACCAUGACAACCGGCUGGCCAAUCAGCUGUAAUUUUAUACAUGUGUGAAUGUGUGUCCUUUGUUUAAUAAAUAUUUCCUGCA